AUGAGUUUUAGAAUAUCAAUCUCUCCUCAAAGAAAACGUAGUUGCACUGGAAUGCCAUUAUCUGCUCGACCCAUAAAGCCAUCUCUAAACCCCUCCCUUAGCAAUAUUGUGGAGGAAAUUAAGAACUUGAUGAAACAACUCAAUCCUUAGUUGUAGAACUUACUAAAUUCAUUAAUCAAAAUAGCUCUCGAUUUGGAAAAAUAAAAUGCUAAAUACUAUAAUUAUCUUCAAUCAUCCAAAACUUCGAAUAAUCAAAAUGAUGGGGAUUAUAUUUAAAAAGAACCAUCUUCUCAUCAGAGUAGAAAUAAAUCUAAAGAGGCUAGUCCAACAAAGAAGGAAUCGUCUAUUAAAAAUAUAGAAAUGACAUCCAGCAGUAGAUUGGAUCCAACUCCUAGAUAAAAACUUUUAAUCAGAAGAGGUUCUCUAGAUGUGGAAUAAUAAGUGAAUAAAGACCAAUUAAGAAAAAUAGGUUAAGAAGCCAUAGAUUAAAACGUUAUAUUUAACUUACUAGAUUUAAAACCAUCGAAAUUAAAAUCUAUGACGUAAAAAAAAUUAAAUUAAAUCUUUACACUCAGCGAAAAAGAUUUAUAUUAAUAUAUAUAGAAGAUUGAAUAUUAAGGUAUGUAUGAUGUUGUUCAAAAUGAUAGACCAUUAAAGUUCGCCAAGGAUUUAUCAGAGAAGUGCAUGUCAUAUAUUGAAAAAUUAAAGAAGAUUUUAAAAUUAGGAUUCGAAAUAGCAAACUCUACUCCAUCUUAAACAUUUGAUAGCUACUAGAAACUGAUAUUGGAAUUGUUUGAUUGUGAUAGAGCUUAAGUUUAUUUAUACGAUUCGAAAUUCCAUUUCUUUUGGAGCAAAAGCUAAGAUUGUUAAUAAAAGACUUAUUAUCCCUUUAAAGGAAUAUUGGGAUUUGUGACUAAGCAAGGACAAAUGUUAAACAUAAAUGAUGUUUAUUAAGAUGUAAGAUUUGACUAAGAAUAUGAUUAAAAAUAACAGAAUAAGACAAAAUCAAUGCUUGCUUGUCCUAUAUACGAGAAGGAAGAAAUAAUUGGUGUUAUUAUAAUUUCAUCCUCUUCUCAGUCAUUUAGAAAAGAUGAUGAACUUUUGAUUUAAUUGAUUACACAAAUGGCUGCUACACACUUCUAUUAAUAUAUCUAUUAAGAGUAUAAUUCUAAAACUUGUGAAGCUUUAUAAUAGAUCUUAAAAAUUUCCUUAGUUUUGUAGCAAUCUGUUGAUUAAAAAUAAUUCGUAAUUUUAGCUCAAUAAAUCCUAUCCAAAACAUAUGAUUUAAAAUAAGUAUAGAUUUAUUUUAAAGAUAUGUAAGAUUAGGAAAGUCUUUUCACUUUUAUUGAACAACAAAGAAAAAAAGUACCUAAGGCAUGUGGGAUUAUUGGCUAUGUUUAUAAAACAGGAUAAUUCUAUGUUUCUGAUUCUUGUUAUAGAGAUAAAUAGUUUAACAAAUUAGCUGAUAUUGAAACUAACCUACCUACCAUAACCAUACCUAUUAGGAAUGAGGAUAAAUGCAUGGGUGUCAUUCAAUAUAUUGACACUAAAGGCAUAGAUAAUAUUGUUGGCAAACAAAUAAGAAACCAGUAAUUGUCAAAUUUAGAUUUGAUUCAGACCUUUGCUGUAAUGCUCAAUUUUGUAAAUAGUAAAUUGAUUAUAUAAAAAAAUUGA